AUUUAUUUAUUUUGGAUUCAUUUCACUAUUAAUUUUCACUGUUCUCUGCUUCCGAAACCGAAAUUUGGUCCUAAAAAAGAAGAAAAUUUCUGUUUAUUUUCACUGUAAAUGGUGGGAGAUUCGAUCUGAGCAGGAGUUUGUUUAUUUGAUUGAUUUAUUUAUUUAUUUAUCAGCCAAAUAAUUUGUCAUCGCCAUCGUCUGUGCCGGGGAAGAAGAAAGGGGGAGUAGCGGAAUUGCGGUUCAUCCGGCGUUUUGAAGGUGUGCGGGGGAUUCGGUUUUGGUUUUUGUUACGUGUUUUUAGCAGGUCUAGCAGGUUCAGAUUCAGUUCCGCUGUAAGUGUUGCGCUUCUUCAGAGCAGCAGCGAAAACCCUAGGUUAAAACCACCCCUACAAACUUUUCAGUCUUUUAGAAGUGUGGCUAUCUGCUGCACAUUCUUCAUUUCUUUAUGCAGAAUUUGGUUAGCUUUGGAGUGCAUUUGUUAAUUUGAAGCUGUGUGACGCUGGCAUGUAGAUUUGUGCAAGAUAGUGGAAAUUUGUUUUGCUUAUGCUUAUUAUCUGGAGUUUAACAUCUUCUCCUGUGAUGCUUGGGUGGUUACCGGAUGCACUGCUGCUUAUUCAAAUAGUUCAUGCGAGGAUACUUAAAUAAAGGAGACACAUAAUACCUACUUGUAGAAAUUUAAAUGUUUCUGUAUUAUUUGGGUCUUUGGGUUUCAGUAAUUCUGCAUGCAAGGAAAAGUAUGUGUUAGAUAUAUCACUUUGAUGAAGUCGGCAGAAUUAUAUGCUUUUUUGUGCUAAGGAAAAUGCUACCAAAUUGGAAGAAGCCCCACAUCAAAUUGACAUACAUAUCUUUUGUAGACGUUUUAUUCAUGUUCAUUGGAUCAUCUACGGGUAAGGAGGGUGGUAAUAGUAUGUUAUAACGGCAAGCCAUGGAUCAUCUUUCAGAGAAACGAUAUCCUGUCAAUGCGAAGGAUUAUAAGUUAUAUGAAGAAGUUGGUGAAGGCGUCAGUGCAACAGUGUACAGGGCUUUAUGUGUUCCAGUUAAUGAGAUAGUUGCAAUAAAGGUUCUUGAUCUGGAAAAGUGCAAUAAUGAUUUUGAUGGUAUUCGCAGAGAGGUACAAACUAUGACCUUGAUCGAUCAUCCUAAUGUAUUGCGGGCACAUUGCUCUUUCCCUGCUGGUCACAGCCUUUGGGUUGUGAUGCCAUACAUGGCUGGUGGAUCUUGCCUACAUAUAAUGAAAUCUGCCCAUCAGGAUGGUUUUGAUGAGCCUGUCAUUGCUACUUUAUUGCGUGAGGUUCUAAAGGCUCUUGUUUAUCUCCAUGCCCAGGGACACAUCCAUAGAGAUGUUAAGGCUGGGAAUAUUUUAAUUGAUUCUAAUGGUGCUGUCAAAUUGGCAGACUUUGGGGUGUCUGCAUGCAUGUUUGAUACUGGAGACAGGCAACGUUCUAGAAAUACUUUUGUUGGAACUCCUUGCUGGAUGGCUCCUGAAGUUAUGCAGCAAUUGCAUGGUUAUGACUUUAAAGCAGAUAUCUGGUCAUUUGGAAUAACAGCACUUGAACUUGCUCAUGGCCAUGCCCCUUUUUCCAAGUAUCCACCAAUGAAGGUAUUAUUAAUGACCUUGCAAAAUGCACCUCCUGGUCUUGACUAUGAGAGAGAUAAGAAAUUCUCGAAGUCUUUCAAGGAAUUGGUAGCAACUUGCUUGGUAAAGGAUCCAAAGAAACGUCCAACUUCAGAAAAGCUUUUGAAGCACCAUUUCUUUAAGCAUGCGCGCUCAGCUGACUAUCUAGCUCAUACAAUUCUUGGAAGCCUUGUUCCAUUAGGUGAACGCUUUAGGAUGCUGAAGACAAAAGAGGCUGAUCUCCUAGUCCAGAAUAAGGCUCAUUAUGAGGACAGGGAACAUUUAUCACAGCAAGAGUAUAUAAGAGGAAUCAGUGCCUGGAAUUUUAACCUAGAGGAUUUGAAAAGUCAGGCUGCCCUUAUUCAGGAUGACAAUGGUGUGACAAGUGCAGAGGAUCAAGACAUGAGUCGGAAGCAAAGUGACCAGUAUGAUGAAGUUAGAUUACCUGCAGAGAGGUCCCUGAUGUCUAAUAAUUCCAUUGGUACACCUAGUCAGGAGGACGAGCUUAGUGAUCUUCAGGAUUUGGAGAGUUCGCUAGCUACAUUCCCCAUUAAACCUCUUCAGGGUCUCAGUAGUUUUGACAUUGGUGAAGAUGAUGAGGGUGCAGCUAGUCCAAAUUGUAAAGGUGCCCAUUCAGAUUCUAGACAGCAGUUUGUUUCAAAACCAUCAGGAUCAAUGAACCAAGAUACUGGAAAAUACGAAAGUGAGAAUUCCAGGCAAACCAGCUCAAUCCCACACCAGAUUAUUCCAGAGCAAAAAAGGUUCUUGAGUGGUUCACUAAUACCAGAGAGUGUAUUUUCGUCUAAAAAGGGGACUGGUGAUGGGGAUAGGGAUGUUCUGCCAUCUAAAUAUCAAUCUGAACGUAACUAUAGUGGUCCAACGUCAUUUCGCCAGAGGAGAGAGACAAAUAACCUGUCACCUGGGGAUGAUACAUCAGAUGGGGCAGUUGUCCAACGUAAAGGACGCUUUAAAGUCACAUCAGCAGAUCUCAGUCCCAAGGGACCGUCAAACUGCAUCUUUAACCCAGGAAGCGGAGGUUCAGCCAUUCCAACAUCCCCUAACCUUACAGCAGCUGCCAUUCUCCCAUCUCUGCAAUGCAUUUUGCAGCGGAACACUGUGCAAAGGGAAGAAAUUAUCCAACUGAUCAAAUGUGUGGAGCAAACUUCUGGGAAGUUUGUGGAGGCGGCUGAGAUGAGCAACAAUGAGCUCUUGCAGUUGCCUCCCACUUCUGCUAGGGAAAGAGAGCUACAAUCUCAGAUGGUUCAGCUGCAACAGAGUAUUGGAGGCCUUGUGGAUGAAUUGCAGAAACUGAAGAUGAAAAAUGCCCAGUUAGAAAAACAUUUAAAUGUUUUGCCCAACAAAGAGUAAAGGUGAAACAAUGAAACAAACAAAGUACGUUCGAUAUAUGCUGCCUUAUCUCUAUUUCUUUCUUUCUCCAGUGAUCUUCAUAAAGUUACACAUAUGCUGUGAGCUGAGAUAUAGGGAUGUUUUUAGAUUUUUAUUCUAGUGUACCAUAUUUUUAGACGUGUGUUUUAAGUAAGGAUAUCCAAAUUUUGAGAUGCCAUUCCUUGAGUCAGUCUCACAUCAUGUGUAACAUGUAAUUUGACAGGCUACCGUAGUCCAUUAUGUAUAUCACAAGUUUUCUCGGUCUCCCUGUUUAUUGGGAUACAUUAAAAAAAUCCAGUUUUUCUG